AGACCCUCCACCGUCUUGUUGCCCACCGAGACGCCUAAAAGAGGGGCAAGUCCUUGGAAAUCUCUAUUCGUAGUACACAUCUUAUUUGCAGCGCACAAUACUGUGGGACCGAUGGAGUCUACCACGUUCGCCUUGACUUUCAAGCAUUGUGGUGCGUGACAACCUUCGAAUCACAUCAUCGAUCACUUGCCACUGCUAGGUAUACCCUUACUGUUGAUUAAAUAACAACUGCAAGAGUUGGCUGAGGCCAAGAUUGACUAACCUUCCGUGGCGGUCGAACCAAGUUGAAUGCUUAGCAUUGUUAUUCACUGGCGAUUUUGGAGCUGAUAGAGCGGUCGGUGGUGUGAAUGAAGCCUCACGAGAUAAAAAUUCACUUCCACAAAAAGACGAGAAAUCUUGAAGGCCUUUUCUCGAAUAAAGUCGAAUACGAGCACCAUUCUGACAUAUCGUAUACAACAAAGAUCUCAACCAAUGGUAGGUAUGUGGCUUGCUUGAUAUUCAGCUGGCUAAAAGUUUUCGCUAAAGAUAGUUCGACCCCGCAUUACUUGAGGAAAUACUUAAAAGGUAGUAGACCUUAAAUCGCUUUCCUACAAGAGUUCACGAAGACUCGAAAGUACAGGAGAAAAGUGGCGAGACGCACCACAUAUUCGUCUGCUGUGUCAAUUGUACGAUCCAACAAGCCGAUCAUCACCAUACCGACCACUUGAUUCUUCCUAAACUUUCUCUUCCUUUAUCUCUGUCGUAAUAUCCGAAAACAUUAAGCCAAACUAGUUGUACUCGAAACUACUGCUAUUUGGAGCAGUGGCUGAACUUAGGAAUUGAGACUGAAUCAUGGCGUCUUCUACGUCUGUUAUUCAAGGCUAUCUUGAGCCUGCAGUGUUCAUGUUUCUUAGCUCGCUAUUUUUCAUAGAAACAGCAAUUACGUCGCCAAAGCUCUUAUUCACCAACUUCACCGCUUUUCGGGACAAGGCAUUUGGCAAAUGGUGGCUGAUGGUUGGAAAGCUCGCUGCAGAGAGCACUCCAAAGAGCCUGGACAACCACAUUGCCAAAUUGCGCGGCGUAGUUCUUGAUGUAGGACCCGGUGCAGGAACACAGUUGUUUCGCUUUAAGCCAAAUGCGGAAAAUAUAACCGCAGUUUAUGCUGUUGAACCAAACACUCUGCUUCACAAGUCUUUGGCUAUGAGGGCAGAGGAGGCUGGGCUAGGAGGAAAAUAUCACAUUCUGACUUGUGGCGCUGAAAGCGAGAGUCUGAUACCAGAAUUGCAGAAGGCCGGCCUUCUAAAAGAGGCCGCAAUAGGCGCAAGUGGAACUCCGAUAUUCGACGGUGUUUGUUGCCUUCUCGUGCUCUGCACCGUUCCCUUUCCAGUGGAAACUAUUGAUGGACUGUACAAAUUACUGAAGCCUGGGGGCCGGUUCACAUUUUGUGAGCACGUCGUAGCGACUACGCCAGUUGCCAAAUUUCUACAGAAAUUCUACCAUUUCUUUGGUUGGAAGACGUUAAUUGGAGGAUGUAACAUGACGAGAGACACAGGGAAAUGGCUGGUUGAUGCAGCACGUGGUGAUGGUGGAUGGAAAGAGGUUAACUACGAACCUGUUCAUCCGAACAUCCCGCUUCCAUGGCUUGUGGGUACGUUAGUGAAGCGUUGACGGCGAAGCAUGGAGGCAAUUUACGUGGUGCAUAGUCAUUUGGUAUUGCUGGCCUUCCAUACUGGGAUUUACACUCCGUCUUGUGGGCAUUUUCCGAUUUAGUUAAAAUUUGCAUGGAUUUGUGUACUUGGUCUAUAUGAGAGCGAC